UGAAAGAAUGGGGAUUCUCAUCAGAAAUCAUUAAAGUUUUUAAAGAUGAAGAAAUAAAUGAAAUGGCAUUGUUAAACUUAACUGAAACCAUGGUCACACAAUUGUUUCCUAAGAUUGGUCAACGAUCAGUAUUUUUAAAAAAUCUUGGAGAAUUAAAAAAUCUUAAAAAUUUAGCUGUUAAAAACAUUGAAUUACAACCAAAACACCCUGCAAUUGAUUGGGACAGUUUGGAAUUUGAAGUAACGGAUAUUGAUAAUACAUUAUUACCCAUUGACAACAAUCAUGUUGAGGAGGAAAUUUUAUUAAAUGAAAUUGUAUUACGGUCUUCGAACACUAGUAUUGCUAAAAAAAAUAAUGAAUAUUCUUCAGAUGUCAACCUAUCAUUUGCAAUAUGCCAACUAUUUAAAACAAAUUAUUUUAAUGAACAUUAUCAGGCAUUUAAUGUUACCCCUAUCCCAAAAUAUAUUUGCAUUAAUUUGGAACAAUUACAUCAGAGGUCACACAAAGUCCGUGUAUCUGGCUCAGAUUUAAUUUUUAUCCCUUUAUAA